AUGGGUGGCAAACAGCGGUGGGGGGGGGGGGGUGAUGAUGGCCUGGUGAGACGGCAAGGGAAGGUCACAGUCAAGUAUGACUGCAAGGAGCUACAGAAGCGCCUCAACCUGGAGGAGUGGAUCUUAGAACAGUUCACGUGUCUCUAUGUCUGCCAGGAGGAGGAGAUCCCAGAGCUGAAGAUAGAUGUGGAUGAACUCUUGGACAUGGAAAGCGAUAAUACCCGGGCUGCUAGAGUGAAGGAGUUGUUAGUUGACUAUUACAAGCCCACUGAGGCCUUCAUCUCUGGCCUGCUGGACAAGAUCCGGGGCAUGCAGAAGCUGAGCACACCCCAGAAGAAGUAA